AUGGCAACUCGACGAUCUCCGUUGUCCUACUCCUCCUCCUCCUCAUCUGGUCAGGGUUAUGAAAUAUUCCUCAACUUCAGUAGUAUAUAUACUCGCAACACCUUUACCAACCACCUCUACAAUGCCUUGGAUGUUGCCGGAAUUCACACUUUCAUGGACGACGUUCAACUCCGUACCGGUGAGGAGAUCGGCCCAGACCUACUCUCUGCGAUCCAGCAGUCCAGAAUCUCUGUCCCCAUCUUCUCGAAGAACUACGUUUCGAGCAAAUGGUGCCUCAACGAGCUCGUCGAGAUCGUUGAGUGCAAGAAAACCAUGAAUCAACAUGUCUUGCCCAUCUUCUACCAUGUUGAUCCCGCGGAAGUCCGUCACUACACUGGGAUCUAUGCGGAAGCUCUUCAUAAACACAACAAGCGUGUCGAUCAGGGGAUCAUUGACGAGUGGAAAAAUGCUCUAACAGAGGCUGGGGGAUUGAAGGGAUGGGAUUUGAAGAACAUCGAUGGAGG